AUGGACAGUCGUGAUACUCAUGUUCGUGCUAAGGUUGCUAUAGAGAAUCGUGACCGAAUGCGUUCUGCACUUGGGAUUAAAGAUGAUUUCAUCGAUGGAACAUCUUUCGAAAAAUUAAACAAAAGUGUUGAUUUAAAAGUAGAUGAAAUUGAAAAAGGCGAUUGUAAAAGAAAGAAAAAAAAGAGUGACGAAGAGCUCUUCUAUAGCACGUUUGCUUGGAUCUCUGAAUUGUUUCUUGCAUACUAUAUGUGGCUGACAUCUGCAAUGACACAAUUUUUACUUUCGGUUACAUACGGUAGACAGGUUUACAGUCUCCAACGGAACAAACCGUAUCACUCUGUGCACG